CUCUUCGGAUCGUGUAACGAGUAAAACAUACUUUUCGUUAAUUCUAGUUAUUGGUACGCUGAUCUAUUUGCAAAAAUCAUCGUAAUUUCGAAUUAGAAGUACUACAUAUUCUUGUGAGCAUGGCAUACCGUGAUCGUGAACGUAGUGAUAGAAGAGGAGGAGGUGCACGUGGGGGUGGCCGUUUUGGUGGACGAGAUGGAAGUGGUGGUGGUGGAAGAUUUAAUAGUAAUUCCAGUCGAGAUGGUAAUUUUGGAAACAAUAACUUUAAAAACAGACAGCCUGGAGAACGACUUCGUAAACCAAGAUGGGAUAUGAGUACAUUGCAACCAUUUAGAAAAGAUUUCUAUCAACCUCAUCCUAAUGUUACAACUAGAAGUCCACAUGCAGUUGAAGCUUAUCGUUCAGAUAAAGAAAUUACCGUGAAAGGAACCACUGUACCAGGACCAAACAUAUAUUUUGAAGAAGGUGGAUUUCCAGAUUAUGUUUUAAAUGAAAUUCGUAGACAAGGUUUUGGAGAACCAACUGCAAUUCAAGCACAAGGUUGGCCCAUUGCUUUAUCUGGACGUGAUAUGGUUGGAAUUGCUCAAACUGGUUCUGGAAAAACAUUAGCAUAUAUCUUACCAGCAAUUGUACACAUAAAUCAUCAACCAAGAUUAAACCGAAAUGAUGGACCUAUAGCUCUCAUUCUAGCACCAACAAGAGAACUUGCACAACAAAUUCAACAAGUUGCAUCAGAUUUUGGUGUCUCAUCACAAGUAAGAAAUACUUGUAUUUUUGGUGGAGCUCCAAAAGGCCCUCAAGCUCGUGACCUUGAACGAGGUGUUGAAAUUUGUAUAGCAACACCUGGACGUCUCAUUGACUUCUUAGAACGUGGUACAACAAAUUUACGUAGAUGUACAUAUUUAGUACUAGAUGAAGCUGAUAGAAUGUUAGAUAUGGGCUUUGAGCCACAAAUUAGGAAAAUUGUGGAACAAAUUCGACCCGAUCGACAAACUCUCAUGUGGUCAGCAACAUGGCCAAAGGAAGUUCGUAAUCUUGCAGAAGAAUUUUUAACUGAUUAUAUACAGAUUAAUAUUGGCUCUCUACAACUAGCAGCUAAUCAUAAUAUUCUUCAAAUUGUUGAUGUAUGUGAAGAAUAUGAAAAAGAGAGUAAACUUAUGAAACUUUUAGAAGAAAUUUCAAAUGAACCAGAAAAUAAAACUAUUAUUUUUGUUGAAACCAAGAGGAAAGUAGAUGAUAUAACACGUGCAAUUAAUAGAUAUGGAUGGCAAGCAAUUGGCAUCCAUGGAGACAAAAGUCAACAAGAAAGAGAUUAUGUACUAAAUCAGUUCCGGAAUAGCAGAUCUGCCAUUCUAGUAGCUACAGAUGUUGCAGCAAGAGGAUUAGAUGUGGAAGAUGUUAAGUUUGUGAUAAAUUUGGAUUACCCGUCCAAUUCGGAAGACUAUGUGCAUCGGAUCGGACGUACAGGACGUUCACAGCGUACGGGAACUGCGUACGCAUUUUUCACACCUGGUAAUGCACACAAGGCUAGUGACUUAAUUCAAGUUCUAGAAGAAGCAAAACAAGUUGUGAAUCCUAAACUGUAUGAAUUAUCAAGGAAUCCAGGCAUCUAUAAAAGAGGUCGCUAUGGUGGACGUAGCGGAGGUGGUAGUGGACGUGGUUCUGGAGGCCGUGGUGGCGGUUCCCGAGGUUCUCGAGGUGGUCGUGAUGGAGAUAGAGGUGGCAGAUUCGAUCGUUCUAAUGGCGGCGGAGGAGACCGAGGAAAUAAAUGGAACGGAAAUAAUAGCAGUGGUAUGGGAGGAAGCAGUUAUAGUAGUAAAGCAUUUUCUCAAAAUAGUUACGGUGGAGCUUCUGGUGGUGGCUCCAGCGGUUAUAGUCAAAAUGGCGGAUAUGGAGGAAGCGGGGGAGGAGGUGGUGGUGGAAGUAAUUAUAGGCAACAAAAUGGUUAUUAAUUUCAAAAUGAUUAACUCUAAAAGAAAGUUUUAUGUAAUAUAGUAAAAAGGAACGGGAAGGAAAAUGUCCAGUCUAAAAUAGAACAUAUUUUCCACAUAACGUGCUUCUUACCGUGACUGAACACAAAAUAAAGUAAAAUGCACGCGGUAUUAUUACCGAUUAAAACAAAGUGAUUGAAGGUAUUAACAGAUUCAAGAACACUUACAAGCAUUCUUUUUUUUAGUAAAAAAAAAAAGUAUGCAAGUGUAAUAGUAGG